CGGUCUCAGGCCUUAUCUACAGAGUGGCACGGGUCGUAAUUUAGUGCGUGACCGAGUGUCAUUUUCGCAAGGAACAUGACUGGAAGACUUUUUUGGCCCCUCCUCUCCCCCGCCCUCCCUCUCUCUCUCUCUCACACCAGAGAGAUAAGGACACAUGCAUGUUACAUCACUGGUCACCCACGGACGGCCCAGAUCCCAUCCGUCUUUUCCACCACGCGGCCACCGCCGUCCGAUCUAACCAUGGUUAAGCUGUCGCUGCGGGAUACGUAACCAUGAUUGGUCAGCUCACGCCUUUCCUGGCUCUGUCUCUCUCUGGGUUGAGCUCAAACUCAAACAGAGCAUUGUGGUUCACAGAGAGCGAGAGAGAGAGAGAGAGAGAGAGCGCUCUGUAUAUUCAGGUCAUUGAGAAGAUUGUAUCUACUCAUGGAGAUUGUAGAUUCUGCGAUCUGAGAAAUUCGGGAGCUUUUCUUUUUAUUUUUUUCAUUUUUUUUCCUCUUCAGCAGCUACAAUCAUGACUUCUUGAUUUGUAGAUGAUAGCUGAAGAAGGGAUUCUUUCUUUUUUUUGAGCUUUCCAGUCUUAACCCAGUGAGCUGUUGUUCUUUCUCGGAAGAAAUUGUUUAAGCGUUUGUUGUUCCCGUUCAGAUCUAAUCGGAAUCAGGUAGCUAUGUGAGGGCUUCUUCAGGGUUUUGCCCAUCGCCAUUUCCUCUCAAGUCUCGCGCAGUUUUAAAAGCGUUUUAGAUCUGGUUUUAGUUGGGUAGGUUUCGAUUUAGUUCGCAAGUUGUAGCUUACUCUCUGUACAUUUUUGUCUCCGAGCUACUUGCCUUUUUCUGUUGAAGGGUUGUGUUGGGAUUAGGUUGUUUUCCCAGCUUUUUCUCGUUAGGGUUUCUAUUUUCUUCUUUUUUUCCCCCCCGAGAGGGAUGGAUUAAGGGCUGAUUUUGUUUGAAAGUUGGGAUUUUUAGUCGGGGAAAUUGGAUUUGACUCUAGGGGAAGGGAAGAUGAAUUACUUUCCAGAUGAAGUUAUGGAGCACGUGUUCGACUUUGUAACGUCGAACAGGGACCGCAACGCGAUCUCUUUAGUGUGUAAAUUGUGGUAUAGGAUCGAGAGGCUAAGCAGGCAGAGAGUGUUCAUCGGGAAUUGCUACGCGAUAAGUCCCGAGAGAUUGAUCGCCAGAUUUCCGGGGGUAAAAUCAAUCACUUUGAAGGGAAAACCCCAUUUCGCUGACUUCAAUCUAGUGCCACAUGACUGGGGAGGGCACGUGUACCCUUGGAUCGAGGUAUUGGCUAGGAGUAGGGUUAAUUUGGAGGAGCUCAGGUUGAAGAGGAUGGUGGUUACAGAUGAAGGUCUUGAGCUGAUUUCAAGAUCCUUUGUAAAUUUCAAGUCUUUGGUUCUUGUUACCUGCGAAGGGUUCACUACUGAUGGCCUUGCAGCUAUAGCAGCCAACUGUAGGUCUCUUAAGGAGCUGGACUUGCAAGAAAAUGAAGUUGAGGAUCAUAGAGGCCAGUGGCUAAACUGCUUUCCUGAAAGUUGCACCUCUCUUGUCUCCCUAAAUUUUGCAUGCUUAAAAGGAGAUAUAAAUUUAGCAACACUUGAGAGGCUUGUGGCAAGAUCUCCAAAUCUCAAGAGCUUGAGACUGAGCCGUGCUGUCCCUCUUGAAACGCUGCAGAAGAUCCUUGUCCGAGCACCUCAGUUGGUGGACUUAGGCGUGGGCUCAUUUGUCCAUGACCCAGAUUCUGAAACUUACAGCAAGUUAUUGACAACAAUUGAAAAAUGCAAAUCUAUGAGGAGCUUAUGCGGAUUUUUGGAGGUUGCUGCUUACUGCCUACCAGCUAUUUAUCCCAUAUGUUCAAGCCUGACCUCCUUGAAUCUGAGUUACGCUCCGGGGAUCCCUGGAAGUGAGCUAACUAAGUUAAUCCGUCAUUGCAGAAAACUUCAGUGCUUAUGGAUACUUGACUGCAUAGGGGAUAAAGGACUAGGUGUCGUGGCUUCAAGCUGCAAAGAGCUGCAGGAAUUGAGGGUUUUUCCAUCUGAUCCUUAUGGAGUUGGAAAUGCUUCAGUGACUGAAGAAGGCUUGGUUGCUAUUUCCAGAGGUUGUCCAAAGCUCACCUCAUUGCUAUACUUCUGCCAGCAGAUGACAAAUGCUGCCCUGAAAAUUGUGGCCCAGAACUGCCGUAAUUUCAUUCAGUUCCGGUUGUGCAUCCUCGACCCCACAAAACCGGAUUCGUCAACCAAUGAGCCUCUUGAUGAAGGAUUCGGGGCUAUUGUACAGUCAUGCAAGGGUAUCAGGCGCUUGUCACUUUCUGGCCUUCUCACUGACCAGGUCUUCUAUUAUAUCGGCAUGUACGCUGAACAGCUUGAGAUGCUUUCUAUUGCAUUUGCUGCGGACAGCGACAAGGGAAUGCUUUAUGUGUUAAAUGGGUGCAAGAAGAUUCGAAAAUUGGAAAUCAUGGAAUGCCCCUUUGGUAACAUCGCACUUCUGUCGGACGUGGGAAAGUAUGAAACAAUGCGAUCCCUUUGGAUGUCGUCCUGCGAAGUUACCCUUGGAGGCUGCAAAACCCUAGCAAAGAAGAUGCCGAGGCUGAAUGUGGAGAUUUUCAGUGAAAACAAUGAGAUGGAGAAUUGCAUUGAUGAUGAGCAGAAAGUACAAAAGUUGUACCUUUACCGAACCUUGGUGGGGCCGAGGAAGGAUGCACCGGACUAUGUCUGGACAUUGUAGGGUUCACUCGAGGUGCAUCGUCGUGCCUCUGCUUCUAAGUCUCCUGUUGUAUCAUCAUUGUACCUCCUUUAGGCACGUAAUUUGUGGAUUUUUAGUUGUAUGAUGAUUUUUUAUUUUAUUCAGAAGAGAUGCUAUUGUGCUUCUAGUUA